CGGAAUAAAAUAAACAGCCAGCGCAAUGAACAUAAUUGUUAGAUGUAUGUAAGUCAGGGUCAAUGAGAAGAAGCCUGUGUCGAACGUGCUCGUUCAGAAACCUCAUAUUAUAUCAGUAUCAGUUUGGUAAUAUCAAUCUAGCCUACGAUUUUAGUAGCAAAUCUAUUGUAAACAUAAUACAAGCGAAAACAUAUAGCUCGAUUUCAACAUCAUGAUUUAUACCGACAACUGUUGCUGCUGCAUCGAGUUGAAAUGCGGCUGUAUUAUUAUAGCCAUAGUCGAUGUGAUCAUUCGUGGCGCAGAUCAUUUCAUUGUGGAUCGUGAUUCUCUGCUGGGCUAUGCAACAAUACUAACAAGCGGACUCUAUCUCAUCAGCUGCAUUGUACUCUUAAUUGGCGCACUGCUGUCCAUACGCUUUUUACUGAUACCCUAUAUGGUUGUCGCCCUCAUACACAUCAUCAUCUUGACUUGGGAAUGCGCUUAUGUCAUCCUGGUGGAUUCCUUUUAUGAUUUCGUAUUGUUCGAUGUGUUGCAAGCGGUGUUUAGUUUAUACUUCACACUGGUUGUCUAUUCCUUCUACGAUACUUUAUAGCGCUGAUCCGGGGGCUGAUCGAUAAAAGCUAUAAGAAGAUAAGAAAAGAACUUUCCAAGUGCCAGCUGACAGACUUUAAGCAGCUUUAUUUAUUAUCAGUCAUAUUCAAUUUAAAUUUAUGUUAUU